AUUCAGCUUUCAAUUUUUCAGGUUGUCCCCUCAACCAGAAGCAGCAAGAGAGACGGCAAAUAUAUUGGUCUCUUGUCUUGGAUUGCUUCAAGUGAUACAGCUGUAUUUCUUCCCAACAAUUUAAGAGCAUGACAGUAAGCCAUAUACUACUCGAAAGAUGGUGUGUUUAGGUGUUAAUUAAGAUUAAAAGAGAUUGGGAGUCUCUCUUUUCACCUUUGCCCCUGACAAAGACAAUGAGACAUGGUGCAUUUUCCAAAACUCUCAACUGUUGCUGCAUGGAAUUCCGCUAUACGAGAAUCUGCAAACCAAAGCCAUCCUCAAAAAGCUCUACGUCUCUUUCACCAAAUGAAGCAAAAUGGUUUGGAACCUAACAACUUUACCUUUCCCUUCUUAGCUAAAGCAUGUGCCAAGCUCUCCAACCUCAAAUUAUCCCAAACCAUUCACACUGAUGUUGUAAAAUCACCAUUUCAGUCUGAUAUUUUUGUGCAAACAGCUAUUCUUGAUAUGUACGUCAAGUGUGAUCGAUUGGGUGAUGCUUACAACCUAUUUGAGAGAAUCGCCAUGAAAGACACUGCUUCUUGCAACGUGAUGCUUAUGGGUUUUGUGCAGUCGGGUUUUCUAGAUAAAGUGUUUUGUUUGGUCCAUGACAUGAGGUUUGCUGGGAUUCAGCCUGAUACAAUUACGGUUAUGGGGUUGAUUCAGGCGAGUUUGACUACAAAGAAUUUGGAUUUGGUGAAAUCUAUUCAUGCAUUUGGAAUUCAAAUUGGGAUAGAAUGUGAUGUUUCCGUUACUAAUACUUGGAUCUCUGCCUAUUCCAAAUGCAAUGAUUUGGGGUCAGCCAAGGCUGUUUUUGAUAGGAUUGACAUGGGUAUGAGGACUGUUGUCUCAUGGAAUUCGAUGAUAGCGGGAUAUUCAAACUCAGAUAAAUUUGUUGAUGUUCUAAAUGUUUACAAACAGAUGUUGUCUGAUGGAUACAGACCUGAUAUAAGCACUAUUCUAAGCAUCCUUUCUUCAUGCAAUCAACCCAAUAAAUUGUUCCAAGGUGUGCUGAUUCAUUGUCAUGGAAUUCAACUGGGCUGUGAUUCUGACAUUUAUGUUAUUAAUGACCUUAUAUCCAUGUAUUCCAAGUGCGGUGAUUUACCUUCUGCUAGAUUUUUAUUCGAUGGCAUGUGUGAUAGAACUUGUGUUUCAUGGACUGCUAUGAUCAGCGGAUAUGCUGAAAAUGGGAACAUGAACGAGGCUCUUGAGUUGUUUCAUUUUAUGGAAGCAGCAGGUGAGAAACCUGAUCUGGUCACUGUUCUUUCUCUGGUUUCAGGCUGUGGUCAUACAGGAACACUUGAGCUUGGAAAAUGGAUCCAUAACUAUGCCUUAUCAAUUGGGUUAAGAGAUAAUGUAGUAGUUUGCAAUGCACUAAUUGACAUGUAUGCAAAAUGUGGAGAUUUAAACAAUGCUCGGGAGCUCUUCUAUGCUUUGCCAGUGAGAACUGUUGUUUCCUGGACAUCUAUAAUCUCAGCGUGUGCUCUGAAUGGUCAAUCCAAGCAAGCUCUGGACCUUUUCUGUCUUAUGCUGGAGACGGGCAUGAAACCAAACCACUUAACAUUUCUUGCUAUUCUUCAAGCUUGUACUCAUGCAGGUCUGCUUGAGGAAGGAAUGAAGUUCUUUAACAUGAUGACACAAGAUUAUUAUAUGAUUCCUGGGGUAGAUCAUUAUUCGUGUAUGGUCAAUCUUCUUGGACGUAAAAGAAAAUUAAAAGAAGCAGUUGAUCUUGUUAAAAAUAUGCCGAUGAAACCUGAUGCUGGCAUAUGGGGUGCAUUACUUAGUGCUUGCAGGAUUCACAGUAAUUUAGAGUUUGGUGAAUAUGCAUUUAGCCGUCUCCUUGAGUCAGAGCCCGAGGUUGCAGUUCCAUAUGUGGAGAUGGCAAACAUAUAUGCAUCAGAGAGAAGGUGGGAUGAAGUUGCUACAUUAAGAAAAGUGAUGAAAUCUAACAAAGUGAAAAAAUUACCCGGUCAGAGCUUUGUUCAUGUUAAUGGGAAGCCUCAUGUAUUUACAGUAGAAGAUAGGGGUCAUCCUGAAGCCUUACUUAUAUAUGCAAUAAUAGGUUGUUUGGAUUUGCAGUCAAAAGAUGAACGCGCCAUGCUCCAAGAAGUUGAAGGGAGGAAAUUGGAUUAUAGACAAUUGGCACAAGCAGUUGAUGAUGGAAAGUUACCUGAUAAUAAUUAUCUGACAUCAUAUGGAUCCAUCCAGAGCCAUGAGGAUUCAAGAAUUGGACUGGAAGCCAAAACCAUGCUGAGCUACCGAGAAGAUUGUGGAGAUUUCAAUAUCACACUUCCAUACCAGAAUGAUUUUGAGGUGGCACGAUCUUCGUCAACCCAUCUAAGUGAUUUAACAUUCUUGGGCUCUGCAAACGACGUUACAGUCAUAGGUUGUGAAUACUCUCAUUUUGUGAGAGGGACAAACAAGGCACCACCGAACACCAACACCAACACCAACAUUAGUCUGAUUUAUGCAUUAUUUUCUAGUAGUAUUGACUGUUGCAGUUCUUCCAUUCAGACUAUUCCCAGAGGCCUCAGGUCUUCCUUUACUGAGGCAGAAAGGAGCAUUACAAGAAACACGUAUAGUCUAAGAGUGAAGCUGCCUAAGAUAGGACGAAGAAUCUUGUUUAAUCACUCACCAUUUGGCAGCGAAGCAAGAAGACUUGUUAAACUUGAUGCAGUGAGUAAACUGGAAGCUUAUGAGGGAAUUGCAAAGACAAGAUGGGAAUUUGAGGACAUCAUAAAUGGUAAAGGUCCCAGCCCGUACAUCUCUGUCUCUCCGGUUAAUCUGAUUCUUGGUCUUGGCUCUUGUUUCUCAAUUAUGUUGUUUGUGAUAUCUUGGGUUUAUUUGAGUGUGAAGAAACUAUGGUUUAUUCAGCUCAAAACCAAUUUCUUCAAGAAAAAUGGAGGGUUAUUGUUAGAGCAGCAUAGUGCUUCACAUGGAGAUGGAAUGACAAGAAUAUAUACAGCUGAGCAACUACAGAUGGCUACUGACUGUUACCAAAAAAAAUUACGUGAUAAAGUAGUGGAGGGCCAAGUGGGGAGUUUUAUAAAUGAGAUUAUUGCUCUUGCCCAAAUGAACCAUGAAAAUUUGGUGAAGUUCAUGGGAUGCUGUUUAGAGACUGAUGCUCCUAUUUUGGUUUAUGAACUCGCCUCUAACAGAACCCUUUUCGACUACAUCAAUCUCACCAAUGGGAAAGUUAAAUUGCCUUGGAAUGUCCUCUUAAAGAUAGCCUCAGAAUCUGCAGCUGCUCUUGCUUAUAUUCAUUCUUCUUCGCAGGAGACGGCUCAAAACCCACUAUCCAUGGCAAUGUUAAGUCUUCCAGCAUAUUGUUAACUGAUUAUUUUGUGGCCAAAGUCUCUGGUUUUUGGCCUUCAAGGUUAGUUCCUGCUAAUGAAUCUCAGAUGGGAAAAUGUAUUCUAAGGACACUAGGUUAUACGGAUCCAGGGUAUCUUUGCUCAGGCCAACUGACAGACAAGAGUGAUGUUUAUAGCUUCG